CGCGCUGCAGUGUGUUACAGAGAGGGAGCCAGGAGAUGGAGUAGUGCCUUCCCUGUAAUAAAAGGCUGGGGGCAGCCCAGCGCUGUGGUACAAGCUGUCAGCCCCCGGGGCUGGAGAAUGUCUCUCUCGCCAGCGAUUUAAACCAGAAAACUGUCUGUCUGAGUGAGAGUGAGAGAGAGAGAGAGGGCUCCGAGAGAAACCAGACUUCGCCCAUGGUCCGCCUGAUGUGGCCGGAGCUGCACAAUGAGUGCGCGGCCAGCGGGCACAAGAUGUUUGACGGCUCCCGGCGCCUGAAGCAGAUCUGGGACGGAGUGAGGCUCGAAGUGACGGGAGAUGCCAGCUCUGUGGUUCUGAACAGCUUCACCCAACUGGACCCCGACCUGCCCCUCACUGAGAGCGCCGCACAGGAGAUUGGCGAGGAAACCGAAGAUGGUGCCAUCUACACAAUAACACUCAGGAGGGUUCAGGUGCACCAGGCAGCAAGCAAAGGCCAGCGAUGGCUGGGGGUAGACAGCGAACCUGCCAUGAACCUGUACGAAACGUGCAAAGUGCGGACCAUCAAGGCUGGGACGCUGGAGAAACUGGUGGAAUACCUGGUCUCUGCCUUCAAAGGCAAUGACUCCACCUAUGUCACCAUCUUCCUGUGCACCUACCGCGCCUUCGCCUCAACCAAACAAGUGUUAGACCUGCUGCUGAACAGAUAUGGAAACUUGCACCAAAUGAAUGGAGAUGUAUCCAAGCUUACACCAGAUGACAGGCUGGAAUUGAAAAAAACCAUUUCAUCGAUCCUGGGAGCCUGGCUCGAUCAGUAUUCUGAAGAUUUCCGGAAACCACCGGAUUACUCCUGCCUGAAGCAUCUCUACGCCUACAUCCGUCAGAUGUUCCCUGGAUCAGACCUGCAGCGUCGUGCUCAAGUCCUCCUUGGCACGUUCCAAAGGCACAAGGAAGCAGAACCUGAUCAGGAUGCACCUGAUCACAGUAGCUGCACCUACACACUGGUGGAGGAGAAUGGGUUUGAAGAUGAAAAGCCUGAUUUCCUCUCGUUCAUUGCAAGUGUGGUGGCCGAGCAGUUUACAUUAAUGGAUGCGGAAUUGUUCAAGAAAGUUGUUCCAUAUCACUGCCUAGGAAGCAUUUGGUCCCAGAGAGACAAGAAGGGGAAGGAGCAUCUGGCGCCCACGAUCCGCGCAACGGUCACACAGUUUAACAGAGUCACAAACUGUGUCAUUGCAACCUGUCUGAGCGACAAGACUCUGAAACCCCAGCAGAGAGCUAAGAUCAUCGAGAGGUGGAUUGAGGUGGCCAGGGAAUGCAGAAUCUUCAAAAACUUCUCCUCGUUACGAGCCAUUCUCUCUGCCUUACAGUGCAACUCUGUUCACAGGCUGAAGAAGAGUUGGGAUGAAGUGUCAAGAGAGAACAUCCGGAUAUUCCAGGAAUUGUCAGAAAUCUUCUCCGACGACAACAACCACUCUUUGAGCCGUGAGCUCCUCAUCAAGGAGGGAACUUCUAAGUUUGCCACGCUCGACAUCAACCCCAAAAGGGCUCAGAAACGACAACAGCAGCAAAAGGAAAUGGGUGUGAUGCAGGGUACGAUCCCAUACCUGGGAACCUUCCUCACUGACUUGGUCAUGUUGGACACUGCGGUGAAAGAUCAUUUGGAUGGAGGCUUGAUCAACUUUGAGAAAAGGAGAAAGGAGUUUGAAGUGAUUGCCCAGAUUAAGUUGUUGCAGUCGGCCUGUAACAAUUACUCCUUUACCCCAGACCAUCGGUUUGUGGAGUGGUUUCGAAGUAUUGAGCAGCUGACCGAGGCUGAAAGUUACAACCUCUCGUGUGAAAUUGAGCCUCUGGCAGAGUCAGCGAGCAACACUCUGAAAGCAAAAAAGAACUCUGGCAUCAUCAAACGGUGGACUGACAGGCAGACACCAACUGCAGACACUCCGAGCACGGGCGCCCAGUCUCGAUCCUGUGAGCAGCUCAAGUAUGGACCGUACCUGAGCGGUGGAGACGCGGCAGACUCUGUUAGCGUCACCUCUGCUGGCUCAAGCAACUCUGACGCGGAAGAAAUCAAUGUCAGCUUCAUCUCGGAAUCGCCGGAUUCCCAGGAGAAAAAGUUCUGGGAAUCAACGUCGCUGUCCUCAUUGGACACAUCCGGAAUCGGCUCAGGGUCAAGCAGUGCAUCCUCGUCCUCGGUCUCCUCCACACCUAUAACGUCCUCCAGAACACACAAACGCUCUGUCUCGGGAAUAUCCAGCUACUCCACACUAUCUCUGCCACUUUAUAACCAGCAGGUGGACGACUGCUGUAUCAUUCGGGUCAGCCUGGACGUUGACAAUGGGAACAUGUACAAGAGCAUUUUGGUGACGAGCCAGGAUAAAACACCAGUCGUCAUUCGAAAGGCUAUGGCCAAGCACAAUUUGGAUGGGGAUAGGCCUGAGGAAUACGAGCUGGUGCAGGUCAUCGCUGAGGACAGAGAAUUGAAAAUCCCUGACAAUGCGAAUGUAUUUUAUGCUAUGAAUUCGUCCGUCAACUAUGACUUUAUGCUGAAGAAAAGGGGCCACCCAAAAGCAGGUAAAACAAAGCAUGUUUCCAGUUCGACUCUCCCCAGAAUGAAGCAAAAGGGACUGAAGAUUACAAAAAGUAUCUUCUGAUUCCUCUGAGCUGGGCUGACUCCUUGUGUUUGCUGGAUUUGCUGAAACUUUAUAUAUAAGAAAAAGAAUCAGUGUUACAAUUAAAUGUGCAAUAUUGUCUCUGACUGUGACUACUGGAAAUGUCAAAGUAUAGGCACUUAUUCAGUUUUAUUGAAGACAUGGAAAGGCACUACACUAAAAUGGACUGGGUUUGACUGGGAUCUCUCUGUAAUGAGUGGUUCCAUCAUUUGCUAGAAAGGAUGAGAGAAUGGUUACAUAUCCAGUUAAGUCACUUUGAACAGACUGGUGACCAUGGACUGGUGAUGUGAGUGUGAGAGGAUUAUAUGCCUGAUGGAGGGAUAAGUUCCAGGAACACUGGCUCUCCAAUGAAGACAGGAACCAUUACCCCUCAAAGCCUGCAAAGUGCAUUGGUUUGUCCAGAGGUUAUUGAAGUGGAUAUAGAAUGCUGAACCUGUCGUUGUAACAUAGAAACUUUGUUAUGCCCCAACUCCUAGCUCUGGAGGUGACUCAUCUAUUACCUGGUCUUGUACAGUAACUUGCCCUGAAAUUCUGAGGAGAGAGAAGACAAUGACUUCAACCAGGUGUGAGAAUCCUUACAACCAUGUCUCUGAGUCCUGCUAUGAAGAGCCCUCCACCUUAAAAGUUAUCUGAUUUCAACGGGACCCCAUCUUCAUCCACAUUGAAGAGGACACACAGCUAGCAGUGGAUUUGUCAUUGUGUGGAAAUGAGAACUUUAACCUGGGACGUAAGACUAAUGUUCUCUUGGCCUGAUGUUGCCAUUCAGACCAUAGACUGGAAGACAUCUGCAAUAAGAUUGUCAAAUGAAAGAGGUCAAACUGGCCAAUGAAUGAUGGCCAACCCUCAAUGAUUCAUUACUACAUUUUUAACAAAGGGUCAGUUCUUGUUGAGUAGCUCAGGAGCCUGGAUGGGGAUCAGAAUUGACAAAAUUGUACAGUUAAAAUCCGAGCCGAUAUGGAAAACCUUAGUUCUUUUUCUUAAAUUACAAAGAAAUAGGACUCCAUUUCAAAUGAACUGUGCUGACUUUUUUUUUAAAAAAGUUUGUUUUGUAAAAACAAUUGAAUCUUUUUUGGGACAAUAUUUAUUCAUUGUACAGACAUUAAAUUCUUGUGUGGAAUUGUAAAUUUCUUACUGUUGAAUAUUAUUUAAUAUAUUAACUUGUUACCGAUACUUGUGAUUAUCUUGCUGUUCGCUCAUUGGGUCUUGUCCGGUGAAAAUGUGAUGUCUUUGUUACUUUUCUUUUGUAUCAUGUAAAAAGAGGGAUGAUUAUGAACAGAACUUCAAACAAGUCAUUUACCUUUAGUGCUUUAUCUGUGCUUCUAGUGAAUGUAUUUAGCCAGCUUCUAGUUACAUGACCCUGGGUUUUGUCAACAUGUUCUCCUGUAAGGCUGAGAUAACGUACAUGGACUUCCAAAAGGUGUUUGAUUAAAGUGCCAGACAAUGGAACUGGGAGCAGAAAACAGACCGCAUGGAAUACAAGGGACAGUAACAUCAUGGAUACAACAUGGUCGCAAUGGUGAAUAGUUGGGUUUUCUUUUUUCAGGCUGGAAGGAAGGUUUAUGGUGGAGUUCUCUGUUGAUGGUCUUCCUAGGACCUGCUGCUGCUCCUGUUAAUAUAUUAACGAUUCAGGACCUGGCGUCCAGAGCACAAUAUCAAAAUGCGCAGAAGUUAGAAACCUGGAAAGAGGGUAACAUAGAAGUUCAAAAAUUGACAAGUUGGUCCAAAGAUUUGCAGGUUAGGGUGGAUUGGCCAUGCUAAAUUGUCCCAUCGUGUCCAGGGAUGUGCAGGCAAGGUAGGUUAGCCAUGGGAAAUGUGGAGUUACAGGGAUAAAGUAUGGAGGUGACUCUGGGUGAGAUACUCUUCAGAGGGUCAGUGUGGACGCAAUGGGCCGAAUGGCCUGCUUCCACACUGUAGGGAUUUGAUGGUGGAAUGGGCAGAAAUGUGGCAGAUGACAUUUAACGUGAAAAACUGAAGUGAUUUAGUUGGUAGGUGAAUUGCAGAAAGAAAAUAUAAAAUUUAAGGAUGCAACUCUGAAAGGGGUGCAGGAGCAGUAGGACUUGGGUAUAUAUGUACCCAAACCAUGGGAGGUUUGGGUAGGUGAGGUUGGGUAGCAGGUAGGGUUGAGAAAGUGGUUGAUCAAGCACACAGUGCCCUAGGCUUUAUUAACAGGGGCAGAGAGUGAUCAAGCAAAGAUGUGAUGUUAAACCACAGGAUUGGCCAUGGUUGGAGAACACACCCUGUUCUGGGUACCAUGUUUUAGGAACGACGUGAAACCAUUCUAGACAGGUUGCAGAAGAGAUCUGAUAGGGCCGCCCCAGGGAUGAGAAGCUUCACUUGUAGGGUUUGCAGAAGUUGGGACUGUUCUCUGUUGGAGAAAAGAAGAUUGAGAGGACGUUUGAUUUGAGGUGUACAAAAUCACGACAGGUCCAAACAGAGCAGACAGGGAGAAACCAUUCCCAUUGGUGGAAAUCUUGAGAACUAGAGGUGAAAGAUUUAAAGUAAUUGAUGAAUGAACACCGAAGACCCAGCUUGAGAGAGUUAGGGGUUAGGAUGUGGAAUUCACUGCCCGAGAGUGUGGAGGGCCAAGUGAAAUCUUCGAAAGGAUCACUAUUCAGUGACAUUAGGUGAAUUGCUCCUUGGGAGAGCCAGCACAGACACGGCAGGCUGAGUGGUCUCAUCAUGAGCUGCAAUCAGCCUGUGGUGACUAUUGGAAAAGUGAGAGGAGGCGUGAAGGUGCCACACUCGAAUAGCCCUGACAAUAGUCGCUCUUUGGGGUUGAAGCUACUGGAGUGAGACACAGAGGGGUAGACAAUACCUGCUGAAUCUCUGUGACAGCAGUGAGGACGAGGGACAGAAAGAUAUAUGAGGUACAUUCAAUCCAGGUCAUUCACACUGAGCAUCAAUAGCCCCCAUUCACCAGCAAGGAGGCAAAACAAACCCCCACCCUCCCCAACUUCAAAAGGGACAGAGGGUCACAGCUUUAAAGGAAGUCUAUAUUGUGCUCGUUCAUCGCCAGAGAGAAAGCACUAAUCUGAUCACCUGUUUUUGCUAUGCUAAUAAAUGGAGAAAUGUGCCUCACUUAAUAAAGUGCAGAUUAAAUAUCACAGAACUUCCAUUA